UGUUACAGAGCCAGGGGGCUUUACCCCUCUUCUCUGCGUGGAGAUGGGGUCUCAUAUAUAUGCAACGUGCGUGCUAUCCACAGCUCAUUUUUUUUUGUAUAUCUUGGGCUACGGUCAUACAUUUGCUGAUUCAUUUGAAGACCAAAAGCUCGCGUCUGUGUAUUGUACACCCGUCUGACUUAAAACAAGGCAGUGUUGGUUGAACUUUGCAAACCUACGUGGCAUCUCAAGUCGCAUCGCAAGAGGUGGCUCAGUGUUACAUUGUCAGCCCUUUGUUAGUCGAAUUCUGGAUGAAGGUCUCCCAGCCCACGUUGAUCAUCAUGGUGGUUGUUUGGCCAUAAUUCAUUGCCAUCCAAGUGCUCGCGUUAUAUAGGCAGGUCUUUGACGUUUAAAACAUUUUCGCAAUUAAGUGGCCGUUAUUGUGAAUUGAAGAGCGUACAGUGAAGAGCGUCGUUCUAUUACUGAAGAACACUGAGCAGCAUCAGCUGUUAAUUCACGGCUGGAUGAAGACCUCCCCCACGCAGUGUCGAUCGUGGGAGUAGCUUGACCAUACUUCACCACGCUGGUCAGUGAGGUUGCGUCAAGAGGGUGCCGGGGGGGGUGGGGAGCAGGACCGGUUGAGAUAUUGGUAGUGCCAGUGGUGUCUACCGUGACCGGGUCCACCACAACACCGCUUCAGCCGACACAGGCGGUGUUCGGCAUAAGCCGACCAAGCAGUCGCGAUUUGUGAAAACUCGGGGUACAUCACAUUUAAUCUUAAAUCAUAAUCAACAUAAGGCAAAUGACAUCUCUCUCGUCUCACUUCUCUGCAUCUCUCUUCUUUACACCUUUUAUUUUGUCUACAUCUCUCAUGUCGCUACAUCCAUACCCCUUUACAUAUCAUCCGUCAUCUCACGUGGAUUCUAUAGAUUAAAGGCUGGGGGCUCCUGAUCUAUUUUUUUCUCUUCGGGCACCACCACCACUGCAUGUCAACGUCGCAUGCAUAUUAAUAUAGUUGGCAUAUCAAUAUAGCAGGACACAUAAAUAUAGCAGGCACUUAAAUAUAACACGCACGUAAAUAUAGCAGGAAUAUUAAUUCAGCAGGCAUAUCAAUAUAGCAGGCAUACCAAUUUAGCAGGCAUAUCAACAUAGACAUCAAUUUAACAAGCAUAUCAAUAUCGCAGGCAUACCAAUUUAGCAGGCAUAUCAACAUAGCAAACAUACAUUUUGUAGGCAUAUCAAUAUCGCAGGCACAUGCACCCGUAGACAAACACACAUACCCCAGCAGUAUGGGAGCCACGAGUGAAUCGACCGCACACCAUCCUCGUCCUGGAGUCCACUUCGUACUCGGAGCGGCUGCUGGAGGGACUGAGGUCAUGCAGAGGGCAGGGAUGGAUGUGCGAUGCCCUGCUCAUGGCCAGAGGCGUCUCCUUCCCGGCGCACAGACUCGUGCUGGCUGCAGCGAGCUCCUACUGCAGGUCCUUCUUCUCUCGGCCACCACCAGCCCUCAAUGAUGUCUCGUCUUCUAUUAGGAAGUCUUCAUCAUCAUCAUCAUAUUCGUCAUCUAUCAAUUCAUCUAUUCAUAGUUCAUCGUCACAAACAUCAGCACCAUCACAAGCAUCAACUACACUACCAUCAUCACCACCACCAACAUCAACACUUCUGCAACCACCAUCACCACCACCGAUGAACAACGAGCAGAUCACCAUCAUGGAAAUCCACGGUGUGACUCCGGUGGGUCUGGAGCGAGUCCUGGACUUCAUAUACUCUGGCCGCAUGCGUCUGAGCAUGGACGAGAUGGAGGACAUCCUCACCGCCUCCAACUCGCUGCUGAUGCGCGACGCCGUCAAGCUGUGCCUCCAGUACCUGGGCGCGAACCUGCGCCGGGACAACUGCGCGGCCGUGCUGGCCCUGGCGCACAAGUUCGGCUCCUCGGAGCUGAGGCGCCGGGCGGUGCGGCUGGUGGCGCGGAACCUUCGGGGCGCGAUGGAGUGCGGCCGGAGUCGCGCUCACCUGCUCCGGGUGGACGUGCGCACCAUGCAGGAGCUGCUCGCGCACGGCGGGGCCUGUGGCACCUCCGAGACGGAGCUCCUCCACGUGGCCACCGCGUGGCUCCGCGCGGAGCCUGACAUGUCCUCAACAUCAUCUUCUUCAUCGUCCUCCUCAUCUUUUUCUUCAUCGUCCUCCUCAACAUCAUCGUCCUCCUCCUCAACAUCGUCCUCCUCAACAUCGUCGUCAUCGUCCCCAUCCAGGAUGGAGAUCCACGCUGCCGACCUCCUGGACUGUGUGCGCUUCGCCCUGGUGGCUCCAAGUGAAUUGAAGGAACUCCUCUCGCGAGUGCCGGCGAUGAGCCGCGACGCGCGCUGCCGUGACCACCUGCAGGAGGCCCUGCGCUACCACGGGCGCCCCUACGCGCAACCGCUGCUGCAGACCCCCUCGACCAGUCCCCGGGGGGCACGCCUCAACGUUCUGGCGCUUGGAGGUCGCUCCGGAGACAAUGGGGUGCGCGGCGAGGUUUGGGCUUCGCAGGUGCAGGAGGAGGAUGAGAUCGUGGAUGAUGAUGAUGGUGGUGGUGGUGAUGAUGGAGGUGGUGAUGAUGAUGAUGGAGGUGGUGGAGGAGCUGGUGGCUUGCGGGGUGGACACCGCAGGGCCGCGUGGCGCAAGCUGUGCGACACGCCGGUGCCGGUCUACAACCACUGCGCAGUGCCACUGGGGGGGUUCGUGUUCGUCCUGGGAGGGCAACAUCGAUUCGAGCCGCGAGGAACGUCCGCCACAAAUCAGGUGUUCCGCCUGGACCCGCGCUCGUGUUCCUGGCUCGAGGUGGCACCAAUGCGGGAGUGCCGCACACGCUUCGUGGCAUGCGCCCUCAACGGCGCCAUCCUCGCCGUGGCCGGCGGAAACCUCCUGGGCGAAGCGAGCAGCUCGGCCGAGCGCUACAACCCGGCCGCCAACACCUGGGAAGCCCUGAGGGCCCUGUCCCGGCCCCUGGCGGACCACGCCGGCGCUCUGCACAGGGGGACGCUGUUCGUGUCCGGCGGCUACUCUGGCGGUCGGGUCCUGGGGGAUGUGACCAGCUACAUCCCUCGCCUGGGCCAGUGGCUGGGCCACCGGCCGCUCUGCCGUCCGCGUUGUGAGCACGCCAUGGCCUCCACCGGUGAGCGUGUCUACUGCCUGGGCGGAAGGGCCCUCGACCAGGCGGGCGCGUGGGUCAGUGUGCUGGAGGUGGAGUGCUACUCCGCGGGCAGCGACCAGUGGAGCGUGCUGCAAGGUCCGCGCCUCGAGCGCUGCCAGUUCGGCGCGGCCGUCACGCGGCCCGGCCGCGUCCUCGUGCUGGGGGGCGGCUCCCUGGCGGAGCUGCGCAAGGAGGCCUCCGUGGUGGCGCUCGACGGACUGAGGACAGGCGGAGGAGAAGAGGAGGAGGAAAGGGCCGCCGCCGUGGUGCAAGCGGAGGAGCCGCUGCCUCUGCCUCUGGUGGACCAUGCGUGCUGUUUGGUGGAGUUGGCGCCCGCCCAUCGUGACCGGUUCGCCGGUGGACCGAUGAAAGAUCCCAACGCCGCUCUUUUAAACGGGGGUGAAUAAUAACAAGCGCGUUCAAAGUUGCAUUUCUCAAAGUGGUAGUUAAGUUUAUGUCGGGAGGGUUACCGGCACCUGGUAGCCACUGUGGUGGAUGUGAGUGCAGAUCGCUGGCUAAUUGUCAGCCUUUUCCACAAUGGCCCUGCUCACAAUGCACCGCAGUCGCAUUUCUCCAGCGGUCUACAAAAUGAUCUCCGUUUUUUCCAUGCAUUUGAAGUUAUUACCAAGACUUCACUUCUCACUGAGCACUUUCCAGAUCACUGCUAAACUGGAGUAGGUGGCAUGUGAGUAAUAGGCACAGUCAUAGUGACCGGAUAUACUGGACGUGGUGUGUGUUCCAGAUCACUGACACAGACACACCUGGCUGAAAUGAAACCCUUUGUUGCUACACAUUUAAUGUACCCGCUAAGUGGAGUAAACCUGCAUCAUGGCGAGGCGCGAGAUGUCUGGGUGCGGUGACACACGCCGUUGAUCCAGUGCUUUGGAGGCAAGGGUCGGUGGAUCACGUAGAGAUUUGUAAAGUGAUGAAUCCCACUGGAGCUUUGAAGUGAGCAGACGACGCCGUCACAGCAAGCAAGUUUGUGAACCCGUCUGUCGGAGAUCGUUGAGUAUAUGGGUCCCGUUGUUCGUGUGGGUUUUCUCUAGUACUGUGGUAUCCUCCCACAUGCAACAAAAGAUUAUUUAAAGAGGAAUGCCCCAAUAGAGACGGGUCACGACACUCGGUGAGGAUUUGCUGGAUAAAACAAUCGAAAAAAAUCGAUAGAAGUUUGAUAAAUACUGUUAUGAAGAUAUUGCACCCUGUUAUAAUAUCAACAUUAAUUGUGACACUUUUUUUUAAUUCGCACUUUAUUUAUUUGUUUUGUCUGCAUACUUUUGUUUUUAACCUCAGCGUGGUAACACGAGUACUGUGUGAGUGUGUCAGUAAUAAUUACCGCAUUAACACGAGGUCAGCGGCAUGGAUACCGUGCAGGACAAAUUUGGAAUGUACGCGCGGAACUCGAAUGCACAGCACACUCGAAUACACAACAUGAAACACAAAGACAAAGAUCCCCCGUGUAGCCUUCACAAACUGUUGGGGCAAGUGCUGUUAGCGAGGAUCUAUGAAGGCCGACACGGCACACGAGGGGGUGGGUGGCCACCAGCACGCCCGGCCGCUUUCGUCUCCCCAGUGGCGAGGUUUACACACCGCACCACCAGGUACUCAUUUGAGGCUGAGUCGACCUAGGGGAGGCCCAAGACAGGUUCAGAUAAUCGUCACUAGUGUUGGCCACGAGCGGGAAUCGAACUCGGGUCACCGAGCUAGUGGUGCUACACUAAACAAAAGCCGUACUAACACAAAUACAACACUAUGGGGCCGUCCAUAAAUGACGUCACGCGAUUUUGGACGAUUUUUGACCCCCCCCCUCCUUCGUCACACGGCGUCACAAAAAGUCAGACCCCCCUCAAAUAUGACGUCAUAAAGCUCUGCCCCCCCCCCCCCCCAAAUAAAACAUGCUUUAAAUCGCUUCAAAAUAUUGUCAUUGUAGUGCGUAUUUAAUGUGGCGCUGCACUCUGAGGUUGUAGGAUAAAACAUUUAUUAAAAAGUCUAUUUAAUUAAGUAGAACGUGUUGUCUAUAUUUAUUG